CUCCUACAACAGUCCUAGCCUCGGCCCUUGCGAUGGUGACAGCACGGUAGGAACACCGCAACAACUGCAAAACUCACAACUGCAGCAGCAGCAGUAGUGGUUGCACUAAUCAAUGACAGCGACAGCGAGGUCCUCGACCGUGGCACUUGGUCGAACCCGACACCGCCUCUUUGCGACAAUAUCAUUAGUCGACUCGAGUAUUGCACCUUCACUCUAAGACUGUCUGCUAAAGAAUAUUAACCUAUAUAUCGCCUAGGGUGUUCGAGUGACACUUCUGCUUUGUACAGUCUACUUCAGCACGGUAUUUUAGUCUAGCUUGCGUCAUUCCAGCCUUGACGAAAACAAUCCCGAUACUCCACGGUACUUUUGUACCCGGUCAACAGCCACUGGAGAAUAGUCCAUGGGGACUCCAAAUUUCGUGGCGAUCAGACAAUGGCUACGAUGCGAAGGGUUCAAAUCCACCACUAUCAACCGACCCUUGAUCACACGGGAUAUGGCUGUGAGUUUACACAUGAUCCGACUCUGGACCAGCAAGAGCCCAGACAUGGUCCAAUAUCCAGGAUUCUGCUGAACUACUGCCCCCGUCGCCUCGCUCCAAUGUUUUCCCGGUCGCGAAAAGACCCUUAAACCGAGGAGGGCCCGCUUGAAACUGGAGCUCGAUACCCGCUCGAAAGCAUGUUCGCCUCUUUCUCAUGAGCAGAUUGGCCCAGUGUUAUGGAUACUCUCGAAAAUGCAUUUAUAUAGCCCGUUUGGUACACGCACGCACGGAAUGGCAGUCUACUUAGAGGUUAUGGUGCAAUCAGGUUUGUCUUUGGUGUGAUGGUAAGAAUUGAAUAUGUAUAAGGUCGGUCUCAAAACCCGUCAGAAUUACCAUGAUCACCCCUGUGCAUUAUUUUCGAACCUGGGGGCUGCAAAUCUCAUAGAUACGUUCCCGUCACAGUCCUGUUUGAAGAUUCCAAUCCGGAGAUCAAGAUGUCGGAGAAGCAGAAACGUGGCUGGAAGCCGUUCGGAUGGUGGUUCAAGGCCACAGAUACUCCCGACGAACGGAGGCUUCUCACAAAGCUUGAUCUGUUGAUUGUACCAUAUGCUGUAUUGGCAUACUGGACGAUGUUUUUCGAUCAAGCCAACCUAAACAAUGCAUAUGUGUCAGGAUUGAAAGAAGACCUGGGGUUCUACGGCAAUGAAUUAGUCCAACUACAGACUCUUUACAAUCUUGGGGCCACACUGGGCCAAAUCCCUUUCGCGUACAUUUUCACGAGAGUGCCCAUGUCCUGGGUCAUCCCAUUCCUGAACGUCGCCUGGGGGAUAUUUACGCUUACUCAAUAUCGCAUAACGAGCUACGCGGAGUUGGCGGCUUACCGGUUCCUGGUCGGUGUAUUUGAGGCCGUCUAUUUCCCUGCAGUUCAUUACGUGCUAGGAGCUUGGUACCGAGGCACCGAGAUUGGGCGUCGUGGUGGCAUGUUUUACUGUGGCCUUCCCACCGGUAUCUUGACUGCCAGUUUCAUUCAGUCCGCGGCCUCUGCCAGCUUGGACGGACGCGCCGGCCUGGCAGGCUGGAGAUGGAUGUUUAUCAUCUGCGGUGUUCUGACCAUUCCAAUCGGUAUCCUCGGUUAUUUUGUCCUCCCUGGCACUCCGGACAAGCCCAACAGGAUUGUACUGAAUGACAAGGACCUCGAGGUUUCCAAGGCUCGCCUUGCCCGCGACAACCAUGGAAUUGAUCAGACAUUCAAGUGGUCCAACCUGAAAAAGGCUUACCGCAACAAAAAGAUCUGGGGGUUCAUCAUCCUCGAUGUUCUCUUUUGGCAGGCCGGUCUCAUGGUCACAUCUGGUGCCUUCUUGUUGUGGCUCAAGAGCCUCGAUCGAUACUCGGACAGCAAACUGAAUGCGCUGGGUGCCAUACCUUCAGCUGUUGGAAUCUUUUCUGUCUUGUUGAUCUGCUUUUCGUCAGACUUGUUCUUAGGUCCAGUCUGGGCUAUCACGGUAUCUCACACUUGGAACAUCGUCGGCACCAUCAUCAUGGUCGUCUGGGAUGUCAAGGAGGGGGCACUGUGGUUUUCGUUUUGUACCGUCUACUUUGCGAUUGCCAUGUCAAGUGCUCUCUACGGCUGGGUCAAUACCGAGCUCAGGGCUAAUGCGGUUGAACGAUCCAUCACACUCAUCACCAUCAACAUCAUCGCUCAGUCGACUACAGCAUGGACUCCCCUGCUCGUUCAGAAGACGGUCGAUGCGCCACGCUUCAAGAUUGGGUAUUCUUUUGUCUUGGGUUGCUCAAUAUGCUUGAUCUUGUGGUCGCAUGUGCUGAACACGGUGUUCAAGCGAGACGAGCGCAAGAGGUUGGCGCGCGAAGGACUCGAACAUGGUGCGGUUGAGCUCGUCAAUUCAGACACAGAGCCGGAGCAAAUUCAAGUGCACCAGCACGGUCCAGAAAAGAUCGCGUAAUGCGCCCGAAUCGCCCACAAUCACGGUACGGUAUUGGGAAGGACUAAGUCCUGAACCACCCCCUUUUUGUUCGUCACCUGCCGAGUACCCAUCGUUAUAGAAUGUAUAGAAGCUGGGGGAGGCCCAACCACGUCUAGCACAGCCCUUCGUCACCGGGGAUAGAUUGCUGGGUCUUUCGCUGCCUGGAGGGAGCUAUAUUUCAAUAUGAAGGAAUGGAGUCGUGGGAUAGAAAACAGAGGGCAAGUUUGUUAGAUAGAACACUAGUCCUUGUUGAAAGAAGCCGAUGAUCGAGUCACUGUAGGAAACUUGAACACCUGUAACGUGUUACGAACUCUGGAGCACUGCAAA